AUGAACUUUUUUAGGAAGAAAACAGAAGAGGAUAGAGAUAGUUCCUCAUCAAGUCUUCCCCGAGAUGACACAGCUUCUGUUUCAUCAAAAGCAACAAGCACAAGCACAAACACUACUUCAAAAGUGGAACUCGUCAAAUGUUAUAUUCCCUUUGAACAACCGGUGAACCCUAUUAAAGCACCUGAUUUUGAACUCGAUAAAGAACAAAUUGAAAAAUAUGAAAAGUUGGUAGCAUAUUUUGAAGAUUAUAUUUCGAAGGAGAUACCUGUAAAUGACCAGCAUAAUGCUACCACGCAUCCACUCAUUGAAGAUGAGUUGGCUUGGUUGACGAAAGAAUGCUUUCUCAGAUAUUUAAGAGCCACAAAAUGGAAGGUGGAUGCUGCUAUCAAGAGAAUCGAGGACACUAUCAUUUGGAGAAGGACAUUCGGGGUCGCUAACAUACCAAACCAUACAGAUCCCAAGAAAUUAAUUACAGCAGAUUUGGUAUCUGAUGAAAACGAAACUGGGAAACAGUUGAUUGUGGGAUAUGAUAAUGACAACAGACCAUGUCUUUAUUUGCGUAAUGGUUAUCAAAACACUGCUCCUAGUCUCAAACAGGUCCAGCAUUUGGUUUUCAUGCUUGAAAGGGUUAUACACUUUAUGCCGCCUGGCCAAGAUAGUUUGGCCCUAUUGAUCGAUUUUAAAGCGGCUCCAGCUGAACUUAAUUUGUCGUCUAAAUUUCCAUCAUUGUCUACGUCAAAACAAUGCUUGCACAUUUUACAAAGUCAUUAUCCAGAACGAUUAGGAAGAGGCUUGUUUACAAACAUUCCUUGGAUCGGCUAUACUUUCUUCAAAGUUGUUGGUCCUUUCAUUGAUCCACACACGAGACUGAAAACCAUUUAUGAUCAACCAUUUGAAAAUUUUGUUCCCAAAGAACAAUUGGACAAAGAAUUCAACGGUAUAUUAGAUUUUGAAUACAUUCAUGAUACAUAUUGGCCAAAAAUGAAUGAGAUUGCCGACAGAAAAAGAGCCAACUACAUGGAGAAUUUCAGAAGAUUGGGAUCAAAGAUUGGGUUGAGUGAAUACGACCUUAGAUUAGAACAAGCUGCAUUAUAA